AUGGUUGGAAGACAAGUUUUGAACAGAAUUCUCGGUGGCUUAUCACUGCGGUAAGCGACUGAUUACGUAUUUUUCUCUUAUCGGAAGCUCGUGUUCAGAGCUCGCCUCGAACGACCUUUCGCUGCUAUGUCCGCCGUCCCUGAAAAUGUGAGUACGUGAAUUGGAUAAAUUCCGGAAUUUAUCAAUCACGCAAUUGAUGCUUUUUUUAAUCUCAAUACGAACUGUUUGUAAAAUGCUUGAAGCAGAGUUUCUAGUAACUAAAUUUUAUUCUAGUUAGAAAUGGGAUUGUAGGACACGAAAACUGUUGAAGAAGAAAAGAAAUGAAAAGCUAUCAAUAUUUCGAAGAAAUUUGGCGCUUGUGAGAAAUUGUGAGAUAAUUGUUCACAAUUUUCAGCUUUUUUCAGUGUUGUUCUUCUUUUUUUUAAUCUCGGGCGCUAUAUUCUACUUAUUGAAAAAUCUAAGUGUGAAUUGGAAGGCCGUCCUUGUUUGAAUCGGUUCAAGAUUAUUUCAAAUUUUCUUUUAUUUUUUUAACUUUGACUCCACAUUAAAGAAACCCGGCUACACGCAAAGGAUCGAGAACUCGGCAGAAUGUGUCGACUUGCGCUCGGAUACGGUAAUAACAGGAGUUUGGCAUGAGAAAGUUUCGAUCUAAGGUCACACUUCCCAGUGUGGAAAUGCGACGCGCCAUGGCCGAAGCGGUGCUCGGCGACGACGUCUACGGCGAGGAUCCGACCGUAAAUGCACUCGAACAACGGUUUUUCUUUCAACUAUCCGGCUGAGUCUGAGUUACAAUCAUAUGUGUAUUUUUUGCGAUGUUUAAUCCUUAUAAUCUUCAUGAAGAGUGUAUGUAGUGAGCGUUAGCAGCAUAUUUUCAUAAUAAUUGUCAAGCUUCUUUCAUGACCUUAUCCAGUUUUUUUCAACUAAAUUUUUAUAAAAUUAUCAAAUUUUUAAGAUUAUAGAAAACUGAAGUCUUCACGCUGAUACUGGCCACUAUAAGAUCUGAAAAUAGAAUGAUGGCUUGAAAACAUCUUAUCUAGCACUAGUGAAGUAUGUCAAGAGAGUUAAAUACAUUAUAAAAAAUGGUAGAUGCGCGAAGCUGUUCGGAAAGGAGGCGGCGCUGUUUGUGCUGAGCGGCACGAUGGGCAACCUGCUGGCCGUGAUGGUCCACUGCCAACGUGGCGACGAGCUGAUCGUCGGCCGCCAUCAUCACAUCCAUCGCUGGGAACAAGGAAACUACGCUCAGAUCGCCGGUUCUCCCAUUCUCCCUAGUCGAAAUCAGUCUUGGCUGCUUAGGCGUUAGUGCGACUACCCUCGACGUCAAGUCCGACGGCACUUUGGAUCUGAAAGACGUCGAAGACUCCAUUCGAGUCAAGGUAAAUCAAGGAAUUCUCGCUUACCUCGUGGCAUUUUGAGGACGCUCACAUGCCUAUGACGCGUCUCAUUUGCGUAGAGAACACUCAUAACUUCAUGGGCGGUAAAGCGAUACCGAUUGACCAUCUCAAGUGAGCUCUUCUAAAUUGCCGUCAAUCUCGAAAGCUCUUUUUAGAGCUCUCAAAGAACUGGCUGUUCGCAAAGGAUUGAAAAUACAUAUGGAUGGAGCGCGGAUUUAUAAUGCGGCGGUUGCUACGAACUGCGAGGUGCGCCUUUAAUAGAACGCUUUUUCCCAAGUUAAAUGGGUUGAGGUUUCUGAGAUCGCCUCGUAUGCGGACACAGUGCAAAUGUGCUUCUCCAAAGGUCUUGGAGCUCCUUCCGGGUCCAUUCUCGUCGGCAGUCGUGAAGAAAUCGCCCUAGCUCGUCUCCGUAGAAAGGUUUGAAGGCUUUGAAGGCUAAGAUGUAGUGUGGUUGAAGGCGUUGGGCGGUGGCUGGAGACAGGCAGGAAUUCUCGCCGCCGCGGCCAUGGUCGCCUUGGAUCACGCCGAGGCUACAGUUCGCAAGGACCACGAGCGGGCCAAAAUUCUUGCUUCCGCCAUCAAUAAAAGCACUCCUGCUGCUUUGAAAAAGGUUAAUAUUCAGAUUAUCAGCUUCAUUUCAGAAGAGAAAAAUUUCAAUCCAAAACGAGAAUUUUUCCACGAAGUCAAAAAAAAAAUGCAAUAAAUUUUGAUGUUUGAGCAUUAGUUAUACUAAGUUUCUGUCAUCCAAACGCAGGUCUGAUUUAUAAAUAGAUGAAGGCCGUACUGAAGUCCUGGUGAUGGUCGCAUUAAUGUCGUGUUCAAAGUAAUUUCCGCGAAAUGCAAAAUGAUCUCUGACUCUCCAAAAUUUAGUGAUCUUUUCCUUUCUCUAACGGGUAUUUUGCAUUUCGCGGAAAUUACUUUGAACACGGCAUAAAUUUUCCUGUCAUUCGCGCUAAACUCUUACCAGGGAAUGGUCUCUGGUCGCAGUGGGACCUCUCGAUGAGACUAAGUUUCCUCAAUGUAGUUUUUCACGCUGAUUCCAAAUCUGGUCUCAAAAUCUGCCGCGGAGGUCUGUGAAAAAAGUUAUGGACCCUCAAAACUCGAAAAUUUGAACGUCUCCGAUUGAGUUCAUUUUUAGAGGGUAUAUAAGUCUUGUCCCUCUGGUCACGAAAAACCAUCGAAUUUUUCUCAAAAAAAUUUCGGAGUCAAGAUAUGACCUUUCAAAGCCCCGCCGCGCACAAGAGGAUGCGCGCGCGGUGUCCUAUUGCGAUCCGGCGACCGUCGAAGCAACGGCAGCAAGGAGCAGUGGUAAGACGGCGGACUGGGGAUCAUGAGGUCAUAGGUUCGAUGCCCACUCUGUGCAAACUUUUUUUGCAGUUUUUUCUCUUUUUCUAUGAUUUGGUUUAUGGGCUCCUUUUUUGAGUUUUGAGGCGUAUACACAUGAAAAUUCUUCGUUUUUAGCCUAUUCAAACAUCUAGAAUUAUUUUCGUCCGAAAAUUUUUUCAUGGAAUUUUUCGAGAUUUUUCAUGUGUAUGAUCGCCUUUCGCCGAAAAAAGUUUAUUUGCGUGGUUUCCCCAAGAUGGAAGAAGUGGGAAUGCUCAACAAAGAUGAAUUCUUGAGGAAAAAAUUUUUUCCAGAUUUUUAUUUUCAUUUUUUCAAAGUUCACUCUCGACAAACUCUUACUGCCUCACGGUGUUCCGCGCAAUGAAAAAAAGUGCGAAAUUUUGGGUCCCAGCGGCAUAUUAUCCGUGGCGCAUCAUUGCGCCCUUCUCAUCGUUUCUGAUGCAAAAAUUGAAUUUCUUCACUUUUUUCAUUGGUUUUUUAUUUUUUUUCUAUUUCUUGCAUUUAUGUGAUCCGCCUCUCUAUGGGUACAUUUUGUGGAGUUUUGAAUUGCGCACUUUUCUAAACCGGUUUCAGAUCUUUAACUUUUUUCUCAAAAUAGUUGAAGAUUUUUUUCUAAAAAGUCCUAAUUUUUUUCAAAAAUUUUUGAAAUCUGUUUCGCGACAUGAAAAAGAGUAACUCUAUUUCGGAAACUAUAGUUUUUUUAAUUUAAUCAGUUAAUAAUAAAAAGUUAUUAUCUAGUUCCUUUGACGUAGUUUGAAACCGGUUUCGUGUAAAUUAGAGCUAAAUUGAAUUUGCUGAUGCAGUUUAAUAUUUUUUUGAUAUAUGCAUCAUCUAAAUUAUAUAUUUUUUUCUAGUUUUUUGAUGGUUUUCGGAUUUAAACAAAAAUUUCGCCAUACGAGGUUUUUUUUCUAAAAUUUCUGCUUUCUAUCCAUUACUUGUUUUUCUGAAGCUAGGUUUUCGAGGUAUAUAAAAUGUUUUUUUUUCAUUUGCUCCUCGAAUUUUCCUCAUUUCAAUAUUUUUUUCGUAUUUAUAAAUGCUUAUUCAAUGGGAGCUGAUUCAUUUACAUAAUAUUUUUUUGUUUUUUUAUUUUUGUAGUCAGUAAUUUAGAGUUUUUCCCCUUUCGAAAUCAAUCCUAAAUGUUUUUUUAAUGUAAGUGAAUGUUUUUUUCACAUCAUAUUCUUCAAACUGACAAAUUUCGAAUAUUUCAGGAGCUAUUAUCCUGAAAUCGCAAAUUCUAAAAUUGAAAAACAUUUUUGAGUAUGCGAUAGUGCGUCUCGGUGUGCUUACACCCUAAACAUCAUAAUUUACGAAAAGUCUUGACCUUGCGUAAUGAAAAAAACAUCGUGGCCUGUGAACUUUCAAAAUUUCAUUGAAAGCAACUUAUCCGGGAAAUUCGGUUCCAAUUGUGUUAUUUAUAAAAUAGAAGUUUCAAUUUUUGAUAUCUUCAGCAGAAAGUAGGAAAAAAUUAGGAUUUUUUCCCUCAUACAGUGUAUGUGAACGCUGGGGUCUGAACAAGCCACAGAAAAAUUUUUCUGUUGUUUAUAUCAGCGUAUCUAUGACUAGUUUGGCUUAUGAAACUUUUUAAGAAAAAAAAAACGGGUUUUAGAAAAAAAAAUUUUUUUGAAAAUUUUUUUGCACUCCAGCCCAUGCUCAUACACAUGAAAAAUCUCGAAAAAUUCCAUGAAAAAAUUUUCGGACGAAAAUAAUUCUAGAUGUUUGAAUAGGCUAAAAACGAAGAAUUUUCAUGUUUAUACGCCUCAAAACUCAAAAAAGGAGCCCAUAAACCAAAUCAUAGAAAAAGAGAAAAAACUGCAAAAAAAGUUUGCACAGAGUGGGCAUCGAACCUAUGACCUCAUGAUCCCCAGUCCGCCGUCUUACCACUGCCCCUUGCUGCCGUUGCUUCGACGGUCGCCGGAUCGCAAUAGGACACCGCGCGCGCAUCCUCUUGUGCGCGGCGGGGCUUUGAAAGGUCAUAUCUUGACUCCGAAAUUUUUUUGAGAAAAAUUCAAUGGUUUUUCGUGACCAGAGGGACAAGACUUAUAUACCCUCCAAAAAUGAACUCAAUCGGAGACGUUCAAAUUUUCGAGUUUUGAGGGUCCAUAACUUUUUUCACAGACCUCCGCGGCAGAUUUUGAGACCAGAUUUGGAAUCAGCGUGAAAAACUACAUUCAGAAAACUUGGUCUCAUUGAGAGGUCCCACUGCGACCAGAGACCAUUCCCUGGUUAGUGUAAUUAAAAAGGUAACUCCAAAGGAAAAAAAAACCUCACUCACUUUUAAAUAAUAUUCAAAUAGAUUUUUUUGAAAAAUUCACUUGAAACGCUGUCUUAUGGUUUCAGAAAAUUUUCGCCAAUGACGAUACCAACAUCACAAACAUGGUGCUUCUGAACUGCUUGGAGGAGGUCAAUGUUUAUAAGGUAGGUUGAAGUUGGAGAGUUUCACGAGAAAUUUAACUUAAUGGAAAAAAAUAUGCGUUUCACUUGAGGUGAUGGAGUUCUUCAAGUCAAACGGCGUCCUGGUCAUGGCAUUUGACUCAACUCGAAUUCGCAUGGUUCUCAAUUGGGGCGUCGACGACGAAGGUCUCCGCAAAGUUGUCGACGUCUACAAGAAGCUCGUGGGACAGCUGGCCGCCGAGUAACUGCUUCUUUAUGUCUCCAUUGCUCAUAAAUUUUUCUGAUUUUAAAGAAAACCGGGAAAAAAGUAUUAUAUUCUGGGGAAAAAGUCAACUAUACUCGACUGCUUUAGGUUUAAAUUAAAACGGAUACCUAUAUAGCGGCAAGUGUUGCAAGUCCACCCAAAUAUUGAUGUUCACGUCAAGUUUUAAAUUUGAAUUGAUAUUUUUUCAUUAGACGAACUCGAACGGUAAGAAAAUUUCAAACGGUAAAAAAAAAGAAGAUCUGGAGUUUUUAUUUGUUUCUGAACAUCGUGCUCCUAAUUGUUUUCGGAGUACGUUGAAAGGAAUAAGAUAAGUUUACUGAGUUUACAGAUAUAUCUCCUUUUAUUCGUUUAAAAUGUUAUACUACGACGGAAGUUCUGAGACGAUUAUGGCAUUUAGUUCACGAGCAAUGAGAUCGCCCUGAAAUCGGGAACUCUGAUGCUUUAUCAGGAAGCCCGAGAUUUGUGGGCGCGGCCGAUCAUUUGCCGGCUUCCCCAGUGAUGCGGGAAGCUUAUCGACGCUCCAGUCCGGCGCUCACUUUCUCGGAUCAGCUUGUAUUGAUGUCUUGUCGGAGAAGAAGACCACAAGAGUCAUCUCGACAGCUUUUCCUGCAGCACUGGCUACGCAAAAUCCUGCCGUGCUGCUGCAAAACUCCCGUAGGAGUCGACGAACUUACCGACGAGGAAAUGCAUGCCGUUCGCGAAGUCUGGAGCAGGUUUCUUUUUAUUUUUGGUGAUCAUUUGUAACAGAAACUCGGCAAGUCGGAUGUUUGGAAAAUUCUCUACAAAAUCACUUUUUUUCAACUCAUUCAAGUUUUUAACGCGUGUUCGUACUGAGGAAAAAUAUUUAUUCUCGAAAAGACAAAAAUAACGACUUUUCGGUCCUCAUUUUCGGUUAAAAAGAACUGUAAAACCUUCUCUGUAUUCUCUGUUCAAAGAUAAGUUCAGGGCCAAGCAAAGAGAUAUCGGGAUGCAAAUUUUGCGGGAGCUCAUUGACCGGAAACCACAGUUCAAGGACUACUUCGGGAUACAUGUGAGCAACGAAAACAUGGAAGAACUCUACGCCUGCAAAGAGUUCUUACUCCAGGCAAGCAGAUAUAGUUUUUAGCGUCACCUUAGGGCGUAAAGCUUGAGAAUCUUCCAUCAAUCAACCAAAAUCGAGCCUCUAUCACAUCUUUGAAGGAUACGUCUUGCAGGCUCAUCGCAUUCAGAAUUUCCUGGACACGGCUGUCAGUUCUCUGGGAUUUUGCCCUAUGGUCAUAGUUCAGCAAAUGGCUCACCGCGUAGGACAGAUACAUUAUUAUCGGUACCUUACUUUUUCCAUUUCGGACUUUUUGGAUAACUUUCAAAAAAAAUCAUUGGGAAAUUAUUUUUAAUCCAUCAAAAUCAAGUUGCGACCAAAUUUUAAAGUUAGAAAAAGUGAAAAGAGAAGUGUUUUUUUUCUGAUUUCAUCACAAUUACAGGUUUUCAUCAAUCCAGUAUUUCCUUGUACAAGAACAACUGAAAAAAUGUCGCUUUUUAUCGCAAAAGGCCGCAGUUUUGCGGUCGUUAAACUUACAUGAAACAACAGGUUAAGAUCCUGGCAAAGAAAAUUAUAUUUAUGAGAAUUAGUUGGAGAUCAGCUCACUCGCUCAAGAGAAAAAAAAAAACGGAAAUGUUAAAAUCAUGAUAAACUCAGAUUUCCGUUCAGAAAAACGUGGUUAGGACAGCGUUUAACAUUUUAUCUGAAUUCUUUGCAUUCUUGACUUUUUUUUUCCUUUUUGGGCAUAUAUUCGCCGUUUUCAUUGGAAGCUUUGCAGAGGAGUGAAUUUUGGCGCAGACAACUGGCUUUCGUUCAAAAAGGUGACGGUAGAAAGCGUGACGUCAGAGCUCCGUUCGGAGCCCGUCGUCGAAUCGCGCUCCUCGACGAAACUAAGUCUCCGCGAGUCGGUCCAGCUCUCGCAACUCAUUUUCGAGGUCGACCCACGGCUUGCUGUCGUCGGCUGGGAGAAGUUCAUGGGCUCCAUUGUGCGUGAGAUGAAACGAGGCGGGUUCUUUUUCUCAGUUCCGAAAUGGGGGAGUUAAAGCUUGCAAGGCCUUUUAAACAAGAAUUUUUGAUUUUUUUAAAUUUUAUAAUUCGCGAAGCACUUGAAUGUAUAACAAUGAAGGUCGUUUCAGCUCAUAACUUUGAAUAUUCUGUUAUCUCGCUCAUUCGCUUUUUAAUAUAUUAGAUGGGGAUCCAGGAAGUCGUAAUCUGCACAACUCAUCCAUUAUCUAUAGAAGAAAAUUAAUUCAAAGAAAAAAACAUUGUAGUUUUAUUAAAUGGGUCAUCCUGAAUAUUUGAGCCUUUCGUUUCUGAAAAAAGAACUUUUGGUGGUUGAGAAUUUCAGGAUUUUCUCUUGGUCCAUGAAGAAUUACCUUGGAAUGUUUUUUUUUUGAAGGCUCUCUAGCCGCAAAAUGAGAUAUGACCUUUAUUGUGGAAUGAACUUCCUUAACAGAGUAUGUGACGUUUUUUUCUCUUUCCGAAUACAAGUUUUGGUUAUCGAUGACUAACAAACCUUUCGAAUUGAAUGAGAAAGUAUGAUCCUAGGAAUAUGUUACAACAUGAUAAGAUUUUUUGAUUUGUUCGCUUCAUCCAUUCUUAUCGCUUGAGGAACAAAAAAGGAAUUUUUCAAAAAUACAAACAUUUUUCAUUAGAAAAAUGAAGUAGUAAUGAAACUGACGCCAUCCUUGAGAUUUUGACAUUGAAUGCCUUUCUUGGCUUCUUGCUUUGAAAUAAUCCCAAAAAUAGCCUAUGAAAACGGAAAUCCCUUCAUAUGCUAUUUUUAGACUGUUCUAAUCGGAAAAAAAGUAAUCAGGACACUUUUUUUAGAAGUUAUUUUCGCAAAAGAAUCUUAAAUUUAGCUACAUUUUUUUGAAAUUUCGAUAAUUUUUUUAUUUGAAAAAAAUAAAAUAAAAAAAUAAUACCUUGUGAGAGAGAAUUUCUGAUAACUCUGAAAAAAAUUAAUUUCUACAGAGAGUUUCUUGUUUUUUUUUUCCAGAGGAUCAAUAACUAGAUUAAAACCAAAAAGAUUUGAGGAAAUAAAUUUUAAUCUUUAUAUUUUAGUAUCUUUCGAAACCACAGUUGUUCUUUUAAUUGCUUGGCUUGAUAUGAGAAAGUUUUCUUCGUUCUCUCCACGAAAUAUACUGCGGUCCAUUGCGACCAGAGAAAAAUGUCCUCGCGGCCAUGAACAUUUCGGCCAACACACACUGUUCCCUUUUUGAAGUUCGUUAACUUUAUUUUUGUUUUCAAGGUUUUCUCGACGAAGCUCUCCGCAACUGUGGGGCCGAAGAAAGUCAAGUUUGAGGCUCCAACAGCGAUAAAAUGAACCCUCACUUCGUUUCAAAACUUUGCCAUUGUCAUGUCAUGAUGGAAUGACGUUUCCGGGCCUUGUUGUGAUUAGUGAACUUGAUGUGUUUAUUUCAUCUUUUCAAUGAAUUUUCAAAGCUUUUGCGCGUAGGGGAGAAUAUUUAAGAGAGCGAAGAGCAAUCUCUAGAAUUUGCAAGCUGAGGAAAUCGGGAUUAGUCGGAAAGCGACGAAAAGCAACGGAAUACUGCCGUAGAUUAAUUUUUAGCGAAAUCCAUAUGAAGCGCCGCCAGAUCACCGGGAUGCCAGUCUUAUUUCUCUGACUCGUUUCAAGCGCUGAACGUGGCACUCUUUUUUUUUCAAUCAGAAGAAAUCGUCCUGAUCUACGGAAGACAAUCUCAUGAAUUGGGACGUCUCAGUUGAAAAAAAAACUCAGAAACGCCUUCAGAACUUCAGUUGUUCAUUUGGCACAACCAAUCAUGUUAAGUUCGCCUAAUGGAAAUCACGUCGAGAGUUUGAAAAAACACAAAGGUAGACACCAAAAAUCACGCGGUCCAGAAACAAGAACUAUGAUUGAUUUUAUCAACGGGGCCAAAAUAGUCGUCCCCGUCGUCGCGGUCAGUUCACGCCUUCGUCUGGGCGCCGGAAUGUCUUCGUUCUCCUUCAAAAAGUACGUCCAGCAGUACUGGUGCUGCUGUGUCUAUCCGCCCAAGACUCACGACCCAACCGAAUUCUUGGCGAGUUUUUCGAAUUUUUUUUUUUCGAAUUUCAUUUAAUUUGUUUCAACAAUUUGAUUAUGGCAAAAAGGUUCUGAAAAGUAUUGUUCUCAAUGUGACACGACAAAAAAAAAGCAACAAACAGCUCUUAAAAUCCCCGGAAUAGAAAUUUGCUACCAUUUCUUUUUCCCGAAAUUUGAGUCGAGUUGGAAUGUUCACGCCAGUUUGAGACGAAAAAAAUUAUGAGCUCAAAAUCAGACUAUAGUAUAGUAACAAUAAAAUUCUUUCCGGUUGCAGCCAUGUCAGAAUUUGAAUUUAUACGACGUUAGACCAAGAAAUAUGGGAAAAAUUUUCAAUUCAGAACGGACUAAUAAUAUCGAAUGAGUCAUGUUUACCGAAACUGCUCUCUAUCAGCAUUUUUUCUUAAAAGAUCAUUGGGGAAAAUGUAUGGCCACAAUGUUAUGAGGAACUGAACGGGUUCAGGAGAACAACAGAGAAUACCGAGCCAUCUUCGGGCUGUUCCACGUGAAGGAUGCGGCGAUCGGCCUGGCAAUCGUGAAGACUGUCGCUCUUCUGACGGCCCUCGUCGUGCACGUUGUCGACGGCUCCAAUCCUCUAGGCCUUCUCUGUCAGAAAAACCUCAGACUCACAUCAAUUCGUGUGGUUUUAUAGUUGGAACUUGUGCCUUUUUCGGUGUCUGCAUCUCCAACAUCAUGCUCAUAUCUGGAUUACAGACCAACAAGUCCUUACUUCUUGCGGAUUUUUUGAAAUGACGAUUUUCAGAUAUUUGUUUCUAGUUCCAUAUUUUACGGUCUGCGUAUUGUUCAUAUUCGCUCUAAUACUGCAGUUGUUCGUCGACUUUCUGGAGUCCGCGAACGAGAAAAACACUCUCGAAAAGUCUUCUGUCCUGCACAACGGCGGCCUGGUAUGCAUUCUAGUCAAGGAAACUUUAUUAAUCGAAAAUUACAGUUACUGAUGGUCUGGUUUGAGAUUUACAUGCUGACCAUCGUCUGGCGCGCUUUUGUCUAUGUCUGUGACGUGAACAUGCAUCAGGAAAUCGUCGGAAAGUAAGUCUAUUUUUUUGUAUGAUUUGCUGCAAAUCAUUUGCAGUCUUGGAAGUUGAUGAUUGUGAUACGAGAUCAAACGGGGGCUUUUAAAUUCGGAAAACAGAAAUUUGUGCGGAAAAUGAAAAGAAGUUCAAAAGUAACUUGUGUUAUGUUUUUAGUGUUUUUCCUUUAAAAAAAAGUCGUAACUUUAAAAUAAGGAAAGGGAAAACAGAGGAUAAUUGAAAAGUUUUUCAGGAAAGGCUACACGAAUCCUUUUGAUGACCUGGAGCUGGGCGAGGAAAAUUUGAAGGUGGUGAAGUUGUUCGGCGACGACGGCGAGUACAACGAGGACGACGAGGAGGACGAAGAAGCCGAAGAGACGACUUCCGGCUGCGAAACCGCUCGUGCCGGAUCUCCAGGCCGCGGCUAA